AUGUCAGGCUUAGGAGUUCUCGGUGCUGAUGGCCGAUGCUUCGCUUGGGAUAGUCGGGCAAACGGCUAUGGCAGGGGAGAAGGCAUUGCAACACUUCUCCUCAAGCCGCUCCGAGAUGCACUCGCUGAUGGAGAUUCUGUUCAAGCCGUCAUUCGAGAAACUGCAAUCAACCAGGACGGCAAAACACCUACCAUCACGUCGCCAUCUUCCGAGGCUCAAGAGGAGUUGAUACAAGCAUGCUACCGAAGAGCCGGGCUCGAUCCUUCUCAGACAGUGUACGUCGAGGCACAUAUGACAGGCACCCCAACCGGCGAUCCCAUUGAGGCUGCUGCUAUCAGCCGCAUAUUCAGCAAAGGACGCUCUAUCAGCAAUCCCGUGCUGGUCGGGUCUGUCAAGACGAACUUGGGUCACUUGGAGGCGUCCAGCGGCAUCGCAGGAGUUAUCAAAGCUAUCAUGAUGCUUAAGAACGAGAUGAUUCCGCCAAAUCUGAAUUACGAAAAAGCCAACCCAAACAUCGAUAUGAAGUCACUCGGGGUAGAGGUCCCACUCAAAGCACAGGACUGGCCACGGGGAACGCCGCGGCGUGUUUCAGUCAACAACUACGGUUACGGAGGAACCAACGGGCAUGUGAUUAUCGAUAGUGCUAGUGAGCACAUCGAUCCAUGUCCUUCGAUAGCGAUGAAGAAAACCGAGCCUCGUCUCAUUGUCAUGAGUAGCAAGGAUUGCAAUGUUACUGCACAGAUGGCCAAUAAUCUCAAGAGCUACCUAGAGACUCGGACAGGGUCGGGCCAAAAGCUUGAUCUUGACAACUUAGCACACACUCUCCAAGCUCGUCGGUCGCAUUUUCCGUGGCGAGUCGCUAUAUCGAGCACCGACUGCGCGGCAAGCUUGGUGGAAGCUCUUGGGGACCCAGUCAAGAAGGCUGUGACUCUUGCUAAGGACCCUCCUCGCGUCGGCUUUGUCUUCAAUGGACAAGGAGCUCAAUGGCACGCCAUGGGUCGCGAACUCAUCUCAGUCUACGCGGUCUUCAGAAAGGCUCUUCUUCACGCAGAUGUCGUUUUGGGAGACUACGGUGCAGACUGGUCCCUUGUGGAAGAGCUUCAGCGGGACGAAAUAUCUACCCGCGUCAACGAACCUCGUUUGAGCCAGCCCAUCUGCGUUGCUCUUCAGAUCUGUCUAGUUGACCUUCUGGAGUCAUGGGGAAUUCAGCCCAGCGCCGUCACCAGUCACUCGAGUGGCGAGAUUGCAGCAGCCUAUGCCGCCGGUGCGCUGACGUUUGAAGAGGCUCUGGGUGUUGCUUAUUUCCGUGGUGUCUUAACGGAGAAAUAUCAUCAUGCUUCCACUGGUCCGGGAGGCAUGAUGGCAGUUGGUCUCGGUGUCGAUGAUGCUUGGGCCUACCUCGCGAAGAAUGAUGUUACAAAGGGCACCGUUACCGUGGCUUGUGUUAACAGCCCAUCGAGUGUGACUCUUUCUGGAGAUCUAGAUGCCAUCCAGCGUCUUGAGAAGCAAUUCUCCAAGGAUCAGAUUUUCGCGCGCGCACUGAAGGUCAAGUCUGCCUAUCACUCUCAUCACAUGAUUCCUAUGGCGGAAGAAUAUCUCCAGAAGCUACAGAACAUCCUUCAGCCGAAGCUCAAAUGGCAAAAGCUUGUUUACUCUUCGCCCGUCACGGGCAAUUUGAUCGAGAAUCCGGAAGAUCUGGGUCGUCCACAGCACUGGGUGAAUAACCUGUUGUGGCCGGUCUUGUUCUCUCAGUCAUUCGAGAAGAUGUGUGUUUCAAGUACUAGACAAGAGGCAAAUGUGGACUUCAUCUUCGAACUUGGUCCACACUCGGCGCUUGCGGGACCGAUUCGGCAGAUCUGCAAACUGCCUGUCAUGAAGGGGCUCACUCUGCCUUAUGUAUCGGGCUUGGUUAGAGGCCAGAACGCUGCAGUGUCUAUGCAAAUGGCUGCUGGAGCUUUGUGGUGCAAGGGGUAUCCAGUUAAUCUCUCUGCCGUCAAUUGUCAGCAGGAUUCCACCAGUCUACGAGUCAUUUCGGACCUCCCUUCAUAUCCUUGGAACCAUACCACCAGCUUCUGGCAAGAAUCGCGGGUGAAUAUCGCUCAUCGCAUGAGGGGGCAUGUUCGCCAUGAGCUACUCGGGUCUAUGUUGCCAGGCCCUUCCUCCACUACUCCCAUGUGGAGGCAUUUCCUCAAAGCGAAUGAGCUCCCUUGGCUUCGGGAUCAUCUAGUCCAGUCUGAUAUCGUUUACCCAGGAGCCGGCGGAAUCUCCAUGGCGAUAGAAGCCCUGCGACAAUAUUCUGAAGUUCCAAUUGAGACUGUAGACGGUUACUGUCUGAGAGAUAUUGAGAUCAGCAAUGCCUUGGUUAUCCCGGAUACAGAAGACGGAAUUGAGGUCCAGCUGUCUCUGCACCCCUGCGAUGACAAGAAUCUGGAGCCCGGGUGGUAUGAGUUCUCUCUGGAAUCACCGAGCAGCGGCGGGAACUCGUGGACUCAGCAUAUACACGGCUAUAUCUCUCAGAAACUGAAGUCGAGGGCUACCUUGACGGCUGCUGUGCUUUCAGAAAGCGUUCCCAGGCAAGGCAGCAUGGACCUUGCUUAUACCUGUAGUGUGAAAGUUGAGGAUUUGUUUGCCCGGCUGAGGAAGAUGGGGCUGCAACACGGCCCAAAAUUUCAGAAUAUGCUUGGCAUUCAAGCCAGCGACUCUCGGUCGAAGUUCCAGUUCAAGGUAGCGGACGUCAACUCCUCAAGCAGUCACCUUCUCCACCCUACCACACUGGACUCAAUCUUCCAAGGAGCUUACUCUGCACUCUCUCCCAAGGAAUUCGAGACUUCGAUGGUGAUGCCUCGAGCCAUCCAGCACAUAUACGUUUCGCAGUCCAUCGUGUCGACUCCAAAUUCCAAGCUCGAGUCGUUUGCAACAAUUGAUGGUUGCGAUAAGUCGGGCUUUCGGUCUUCAAUAAUGACUCAUGAUCACAAGAACCCGGAAGCUACGAGUUUGGAAGUGAAGGGCCUCUUUUGCCAGGCAGUGGCCGGUGGAGGUCAGAAUAUGCAAAACCAACAGCCGUCUAAUCUAAUAUUCAAGAUGCAUUGGCAUCCUGACUUUUCUCUCAUGCCAAUGGCUCAGCUGAGGGAGGAACUCAGAUUCGAUGUUGAUCCAUCCGAGCUGUCAGUCAACAAGAGGCUCGUUAAAGCAGCGUGGUAUUUUAUAGAAGAUGCCAUUCAAGAUUUGGGUUCCGACAAGACUCCCAUCACAAAUAUGGAGUGGUAUCACAAGUCGCUUUACAAUUGGAUGAAACUCAACUACAAAGCCGGACUUGAUGGAACGCUCGCUCCCGGAAGCGCUUCAUGGGCCAAAGCAAGCCAAGGCAUGCGACACAUGCUCUUCGAUGAAGUUGCUGCCCAGAGCGUGAAUGGACGUCUUCUAUGCCGCGUAGGAAAGAACUUAUCUCGCAUUCUCAGAAAGCAAGUGGCUCCAUUAGAAGUGAUGAUGGAAGGCAAUCUGCUGUAUGAUUUCUACGAGAAGGCCCUCAGAUGCAACAGGUCUUAUGAGCAGGUGCAAAAAUUAGUGCACAUCUACUCAAUGAAGCACCCACGUGCCAAAGUUCUCGAGGUUGGAGGAGGCACCGGUGGAUGCACGCGAUCAGUACUCAACGGCUUGUCUGAAAACACCCCUGAUCACCGACGCCGCUUCUCAUCAUACACGUUCACCGAUGUCUCUGCGGGAUUUUUCGAAGCUGUGGCGAAGAAGUUUGAAGACUUUGGAGAUAUGAUCACAUUCCGGAAACUUGACAUCGAAGUUGAUCCCGUGGAGCAAUCCUUCGAGCCAUGCUCGUAUGAUCUCAUCGUCGCAUGUCAGGUUCUCCACGCUACCAAGAAUAUGGAGAAGACAAUGAGGAAUGUUCGAAAACUCCUUAAGAAGGGCGGACAGCUCAUCCUUGUUGAGACUACGAAAGACACGCUGGAUGUACAACUGAUUUUUGGAGCACUUCCUGGCUGGUGGCUAGCUGAAGAAGCUGAGCGCAAGGGUGGACCUAACCUCACUCUCGAUCACUGGGGACGGGUUCUUGCAAACACUGGCUUCAGUGGAGUUGACUUGGACAUGAGGGACAUGGAAGAUCCUGCAAAUUACUCCUUCAGUGUCAUGACUUCAACUGCGAUCGCACCAGCGACGUUUCCUUCUGAAGUCCUCAUACUGAGCCCAGCCGAAUUAGUCCCUGCCAAUUGGAUACGGGACCUAGAGUGUCAAGUUCAGUCCAGGACCGGCGCCAGUUGCAAAACCACUGACUGGAGAUCAGUCGAUGCUACCGAGAAAGUCUGCAUCAUGCUUGAAGAGGCAGUCGCCCCCCUCCUAAGGCGGCUAAGCCGUGAAGACUUCACUUGUAUUCAGAGUCUCUUGACAGCCGCUCGAGGCGUACUGUGGGUUACAAGAGGUAGCCUUAUCGACGGUGCUGAUCCUGACAUGGCUUUGCACUCUGGACUACUUCGCACCCUUAGGAUGGAGGAUGCGGGACGCCGAUAUAUCUCCCUCGAUCUCGAGAGCACUGAGCCCCUGUGGUCUGGAAAGAAUGCUGAGCUGAUUGGGGAUGUCUUCAAAUCCUCUUUUGACUUUUCUCCCAGCUCGUACAAUAUCGAUUGCGAAUUCGCAGUAAAGGACUCCAUUCUGUAUAUACCGCGUAUCUAUCAUGACGACCCGGAGAAUAUGGCAUUGGCGCCCGAAUCCGCUGAGCAAGAGCCUGCACUCAGACCAUUUGGCACCACCGAUGAAGGCUCGAAUCUGCAAAUGGAAGUUGGUACGCCUGGCCUCCUAGACUCUCUGCGCUUCAGGCAGAUCGAACUUCAAGACUUGAAAGCGGACCAAAUUGAGAUCAAGCCUCGCGCAUUUGGUCUCAACUUUAGAGAUGUGUUAGUAGCACUUGGUCAACUCGACGAAACCAUCAUGGGUUAUGAAUGCAGUGGCAUCAUUACCAGGAUGGGCCCAGAGGCAGAGCAUAACAGCGGCUUGAAGAUUGGGGACCGAGUCUGUGCCAUCCUGCGCGGACAUUGGGCUUCAAGAGUCUAUAUCAACUGGCCCUGUGCUGCUCGUGUUCCCGACAGCAUGUCGUUCGAAGAAGCGGCGACAAUCCCUAUGGUUUUUGCCACGGCGUAUCAUGGGCUCUUCGAUAUCGGCCGACUUUCGAAGGGAGAAUCCGUCUUGAUUCAUGCAGCGACGGGAGGUGUUGGCCAGGCUGCUGUGAUGCUCGCCAAACAACGAGGCGCUGAAGUUUUCGCCACGGUUGGAACCGAGGCCAAACGCGACUUUGUCAUGAAAAGGUUUGGCAUUCCGCAAGACCACAUUUUCUCCAGCAGAGACACGUCUUUUGGUACUGCUCUGAUGGCUGCCACAGACGGCAAAGGUGUCGAUGUUGUGCUGAACUCCCUUGCUGGGCCGUUGCUCAAAGAGACUUGGAACUGCAUGGCGAGGUUUGGUCGUUUCAUCGAGAUUGGGAAGACAGACAUAGAAGCGGCCAAGAACCUAGACAUGAGCCCCUUCCGGCGCGCAGCCACCUUUGCCGCAGUCGACCUAUUCCAGCUGGGUAAAUUCAAAGGUCACGUUGUUCAGAAUGCUCUCCAGGGUGUCAUGGAGAUGUUUAGACGAGGAGAUUUAUCUGUAGUUUCUCCCAUGACCACCUUCCCUAUUUCAGAAGUUGGCAAGGCUUUCCGAUUGUUGCAGAGCGGCAAACACCUUGGGAAGAUCGUAGUCCAACCACAACAGACACAUCUAGUGAAGGUCAUUCCCUCCUCAAACCCAGCUCGUCUAUUGGAAAACGCAUCUUACCUCAUCGCCGGUGGUAUGGGUGGCAUCGGUCAAUCUAUUGCGCGCUGGAUGUCUCGGGACCUUGGCUGCAAGAACCUCAUCAUCCUCUCCCGCAACGCGCGACUCGGAGGUAACACCAGUCAAGCAAAUUACUCGGCCGGAGGAACAUUCCAAGAUGCUUUUGCGAGGUACCGCACAUCGAAGGGCCUUCCUGGAGUCUCAAUCGAUUUGGCCAGUAUCCAAGAGGUCGGGUUCGUUGCCAACACUGAGGGAGUUGCAGAACGCCUGACCAAGACCGGCCUAGCUGAUAUCGAUGAGGCUAAUCUACUCAAGAUCAUUGAGACAGCUAUCCAGAAGCCUUGUCGGCCUGUCGACCUUAGUCAGCUUAUCACGGGCAUUCUCGAGUUUGAUGAGACUUCCACAGUCGCCUGGGUAAACGACACACGGUUCUCGUCUCUUCGUGCCAACCACAGCAACCAGAGCGGCACUCGGGGACGAACAGACCACAAAGGGGGGGCAGCAACGCGGCUGUCUGACUCGUUGCGGUCAGCAACCAGCGGCACAGGCGCGGUGGCACUCAUAUUGGACGCUGUGAUAUCGAAGCUGUCUGAAAUGUUUGGGUUGGAUGCUGCCGAGAUCGACAAGAAGCACCCCGUUUCCAGGUACGGCGUUGACUCGCUCAUCGCUGUGGAAUUGCGCAAUUGGCUCGUGUCUAGCGCGGGCGCCGAAACGACAAGCAUUUUUGACGUGUUGCACAGCCCGAGCUUAAGCGUUCUGGCUGAAAAGAUCGGAGAAAAGAGCCGCUAUGUUUCAAGCCUAGUCAAGACCACAUAG